CGUGCUUGUGUGCGCGUGUGUGUGAGUGCGCGUGUGUGUGCGUGUGUGUGUGUGUGUCGCGCAAAAAGGACGCUGGUAGACCAGCAGAUUGAGCAGAAGCCAUCCCAGCACAGUGCAGACUCCACGAGCCAUCACAACACUGGAUUAUUACCAGCAAAUACAGGGCUCUCCAGAAGAGGGCGGCGUGUCACCAAAACCCACUCCCAUCCCGUCAGGUUCCAGGACUGUGAGCACCGUCAAGAUCACGCCUCUGUCAAACAUGAAAGGAUCUCCUGACCUGAUUCCUGCCGCAGGCCUGGACCCCAGCAGGGUGUGCAAAGGGAAAGGAGUGGUGACACUGAGGGCCACUCACGUCCACUUCGAUGACGAAAGCAGCGGCAGUGCAGAGUCCAACGUUGUCGCAACGCCAGGUGGCUGCGGAAGCCAUAUGAAUGGAGGCUUGGCUGAGGGAGGCGGGAACAUCCCAGCUGAUUUCCUGCCUGUAAACAACAGUCACUGCCAGACCUCGUCACCGGAAAGCAUAAAAGAAAAUCAGGCUCCAGUGACAUGUGUCAACAACAAUUGCUUCCCAUCACCCCCCACCUCCAUCUAUCCAUGCACUAGCUCUGUCAAUCCCACAAUAGUUUUGCUGCAACACAACAGAGAGCAGAAAAAGCAUCUUUCUCACUUGAAAGACCCCACCCCAGAAAGAGACAAAAACCCUGAUCCUGGGAGAGACUCUGUCAAUUCAGAUGCGGACAUGGACGGCAAAAGGCUGCGACUGCCGCUACACUCCCCCGUCCUCAGUCCUCUCAACAGGCCCAUUGUGCCGGCGCGGAACACUGAAAAGUCCAAAGAAUGGUACAAGACAAUGUUCAAGCAGAUUCACAGGAUACCCGAGACUAUUGAGGAAAACCCUUACCGUCCCACCUACAUGUUUCCUGAAAACUAUGACAUGAAAUCAAAAGAGAAUGGUCCAAACCCCUAUGGCUACUUGGAAGAUGUAAAAGGUAUGCCACGAUCUCAAAGUGACGCAGGUGUUGGUUCAAGAGCAAGAUCGAUGCCAGUGCCGACACGGUCCUCAUCACUUAAACCCUCUGCCAAGAGAAAUGAGUGGGAGCCCCCGGAUAAAAAGGUAGACACCAGGAAGUACCGCGCCGAGCCUAAGAGCAUCUUUGAGUAUGAGCCGGGGAAAUCAUCGGUGCUGAAGCUGGAGAGAACGGAUGUAUGUCCGGAAGAUGUAGAUUUAGAGAAUGAGCCGUGGUAUAAAUUCUUUUCAGAGAUGGAGUUUGAAAAAACGAGUGCCCCCUCCUUCAAUCCCCUGGAAACAGCCUCCGACCUGAAGAACUACUCCUCCAGCAAGUCUGGACACAAUGAGGUGGAGAAGGAUGGAGGAUCAUCCGAAAAUGACCCUGUGGCUUCAGAAUGUGACCGUCAUGUUUACAAGACUGUCCUGGAAGGCGGUGACAUUCCCUUACAAGGUCUACGAGCCUUAAAUAAGCGCCAUGGCAGCUCAUCCUCCCCUAAAGUGGAUUAUAAAGGUGGGAAUGGCUGUUUAGACUCACCCUACCCCUCUAAAUAUAGUCAAUCGUUUCUUGCCAGUCAUGCAAUAGCUAACCAAUGUAAGAGUAAGAAGCCUCUUUCUGCUGCCAAAGCUUGCAUACCCCAAAUCUUGCCGUCCAAAUUCAAGCCCAAACUGCUGCCGUCUGGUGGUGACAUCCAAGAAAGCGUCACGCCACCUGUGAAGCAACCCAAAGCGCACAGCUGUGAGGAUCUGUACACAAGUACAUGUGAUUGUGACAGAGCUGGGACAGAGGUGAGGGAGGGGUGUCACUAUUCAGAUUCCUGUUCUGAUGGCCUCAGAGAAGGUUCCCCUGCAGUGAGGAGGAGUGCGUCAGAGUUUUCGAGCCUGUACAAGAUCAUGCAUCACAUUCAGCGGCCCAGAUCAAUGGGCUGCAGCCCCCAAGGGAGCGUCCGCAGCCUGGCUUAUCUCUUUGAAGUGGAAAAAGCGAACGGGGAUGAAAAGUCAGAAGCUGAUGGUGGUAAAAUUACACGGGACACCGUUUUGUCACGGGUCACUGAGUUUGAAAUGUACAUUCAACAGUCCAGUCUGACACCCAGUCGUUCCUCCUCGUUGCCCACGCUUAACUCCAACUACAUCCAUAGCCCAGAACGUGCUGCCUCUCUCUACCUGCCCUCUGCGGUGUCAGCUGAGAGUCUUUUGGUGGUGGACAACUCCCAGACAGAUACCUGCUCUCCUGUGGAGGCAGGUGGAAACGACACAGAGGAGUCCUUUUCACCCGGGAAUAAAACUGUGGAGGAGGCAGCCUCCCCCUCAAAGGAUGGAGGCCAGGUUAGGGCCGAGUCGGCUUCUUCUGUUGAUCCUGAGGUUGUACAAAUCUUAAAGAAGAGCUCCACAGAGCAGAACCACUCGGCUCCUAGUGGAACAAAGAGUCCCUCCGCCCUGCCUCCAAUGUCUUUCCCACUGCACCACCACCAUCUGCACCAUAUGAACCACCAUCACUUCCCCCUUAAACCCCCGAAAUGCAAAGGGCCCUGUCCAGCUUCCUACACCCGCUUUACUACUAUUCUCAGGCAUGAGAGACAGCAAGCCACAGCUCAGCAAGAAAAACCAGCACCACCGGAGAAGAAGACCAUGCUGCCUGGGAAUCUCUUGCUCAUGGGCCCCGCCCCUUUCAGGUUACGGAAGAGCCUCCACUCCCAACAUCCUCGGAGAACACUAUCGGCCACUAAAGUGAUAACAGGCACACAGAGACCCCACAGCACAUCUCCUGAGCUCAAACCUCUCAUACCUCAGCGUCUGUCCUCCUUGGAGGUCCUGGAGAGGCUGAGUAAUGGAGAGGGAGACAAUUGUGAGCAGCUGAGUAACGGACAGGGCCUGGACGCCAACGGGAACCUUCUGCAGCCGCUGGCAGCUCACCACAGAGACUUAUCCCCAGCGCACGGAGAGAGCCAGGAUGAAGUGUUGAGGAGGCGUCAUGGGGACAAAGAGAAAAUGUUGGAGGAGCAGCGGCGGCUCAAGCGGGAACAGGAAGAGGCUGACAUAGCGUCAAGACGUCACACUGGCAUCGUUCCAACGCAUCACCAGUUCAUCACCAACGAGCGCUUUGGAGACCUGCUCAACAUAACAGAUAACGCAGAGAAACGGAAAUCUGGAAUGGAGAGAACUCCAGCCAUGGCACGCUUCGACUUCAAAGCGGAAACUCUAAAGGAAUUACCAUUUCAGAAGGGAGACAUCGUUUACAUCAUAAGACAGGUGGAUCAGAACUGGUACGAAGGAGAGCACCACGGAAGAGUUGGGAUUUUCCCUCGAAGCUAUGUUGAGCUCCUGCCCCCCACUGAGAAAGCACAGCCGAAGAAAAGUGUCCCAGUGCAGGUGCUGGAAUACGGUGAUGCUGUUGCCCGCUUUAACUUCACAGGAGACACGGUGGUGGAGAUGUCAUUCAGAAAGGGGGAAAGGAUCACGCUGAUUCGGAGAGUGGAUGAGAACUGGUAUGAAGGUAAAAUCUCAGGCACAAACCGCCAAGGCAUCUUCCCUGUCACCUAUGUUGAAGUGCACAAACGACCACGUGUCAAAAAUGGCUUGGAUUACCCUGACCCGCCUCUCAGCUCCUCGCCACAGCGCAGCACUAAUGCCUCCCCUCAGUUGUAUCGUAAUCGCCUGACCACUUCGCCGCUGCCGCUUCCUCGCUCCCCCUGCCGCUCCGUGUCCCCUGAGGUCCAUGCCGUGUCCUCCGAGUGGAUCUCUCUGACUGUGGGAGGUGGAAGCCCGCCUGCUGCCCCAACCCCACCCUUGCCUCCUCUGCCCACUGUUUCUUACCGCUGCGGCGAAUACCUGCCCCCUCCUUACUCUGCCAGCCCUGUGCCACACAUCGGCAGCAGCCCAUACUGCAUCUCUCCCGUGACCUCGCCAUCUGCCUCCCCACUGCCCCCGCCGUACCCACCCAGGCCCAAUUCCGCCACUCCUUUCCUCACUUUUACUCCUCCUCGGGGGGAGGGCUUCCUGCUUUCCCCACCCUCGGCACAUCUGUCUCGUAGCAUUAGCCCCUGUGGCGGGCCAGUGUUGGAAGGUUGGCUUAGGGCGGAAGGCGAAGGUGCAGAGGGGUGCGGCGGCAGCUGCGCCGCCCCCGGGAGCAGACAAAAUAGCCCUGCACAGCUUGCGCGGAAUGACAUUGACCAUCAUGGGCGGAACUCCAGAAGUCCCGUCGCGCUGUUUGAUAUCCAUGACAACAACGUCAACUCGUUUGCGGAGGCAGUGUGUAAUGAGAUCUUGAAUAUAGCUGAGACCUCAGUGAGGUACUGCGGCACGUUGUCCCACCACCCUCUCAACGCACUACAUAGACUGCACUCCCAUCCCAGUAAACAAUCUCUGAUCAUUUCCCAGCAACCCCUGUCCCAAAGCAGCAGCCCAGAGCCCAGCCGUCUCAACUGUGCAAUUUUCCAAGCUCUGUACAGUUAUGCCCCACAAAACGAAGACGAGCUUGAGCUGCAGGAGGGAGACCUCAUCAGCGUCAUGGAGAAGUGUGAUGACGGCUGGUUUGUUGGUACCUCAAAGAGGACAAAUCAGUUUGGGACUUUCCCUGGGAAUUACGUGAAGGAGGUGAAACUGUAAAGUGUUGAAUCUCAACUGUUACACACACUUGCCUGUCAAGCUUUGGAUAUCGAGCAUGGCUGUGGGUUAGCGUAGAUAUUUAGUCAAAAUGAUUUGUUCAUUCUAAAGAAUGUAAAAUUGCACAGUGAAGGUGGUUGUAUACUCAAUGCCCAAAAUACAGCAUGGUGUAUAUGUUAGACACAUGCCGAUCUCCUAUGAGUAUAUUCUUUAUGAAAAUCAAUCACAAGCUUCCAAUCUGUGAGUGUCAUUUACACUACACGCGUUUAUGUCAGCAACUGCGACAACAUUUUCAGUUGACAGAAAGUGGCAAAAUGGCCGGCCUAUGAAAUGGCUCAAAAUGGGUAGAUUUUGCUGCUGUUGAACUCAUAUUCCACAAACGCACUAUCAAUUAGAAUAUCGUGUUUAGAACUAGAUGAGGUGUGUAGUUAAUAUUAUUGUAAAGAAAAUUUGGGGGUUGACUUCACCUUUUGAGGUCAAAAGUCAGCACUGGCCAGAUAAUUCACAGCUCAAAAUGCAUUCAUUGCUGUUUCUAUAUAGUGUGGAAGUUUAACACAGAUAAUAUUUUACACAACCUUUAUCACACGCCAUGUGCAUGCUUAGAAGCACUUUUUCCAAAUGUGCGGUUGUCUUCUAUUUUCUCUCAACCACCAGGUCAAGGACAUUUAAAUCAUAUGUUGAAGUGGUAAACAGUCUAAAUAAUGCAAAUAAUUUCAGACACUUUAUUUAUCAUUUUAUAUAUUUUCUUUUAAAACAUUAACAUGUUUGCUGACGCCAUGAUGCCUUCAAGGUAGUGGUGGUAGACACCUUGAUCCAUUGCAACCGCAGGACUGGCGUUGCAGCAUUUAACUUCCUGCUUGGUCAUUUUGGGAAAUUCCACCAAACCACAUCGCCGCAGGAUUAUGAAGCUUUUGAAGCAGACAAUGUGUCUCAGAAAAUAAUGAUUUGAAAGAUUAUUUAUGUUCCGGUCGUGUAAAUGUGUACAGCUACUUAAGAGGCCUUUGAAAUAUGGAUACAUAUAUUUGUAACUCCCAACGUUUAGUUUUCAAACUGAUUGGAAUGGUCUAGUCAGCGUUAGUGCUGCAUGCGCCGUAAAAGAAGCCAAAAUCACAUUUGAAACGCUGUCAUCCAAAAGCCGGUAUAGUGACUGUGAUUUCCUACUUCCCUUUGAAAAACGGCAGUCCGAGCAUUAUAGGAUGGUACCCAAUUCCGUUGUCCUUCUCAAAUUCCUCACCGGCACUGAGGUGUCCUCAACAAGCUGUAUAUUAGCACUCACAUUCAUUCUUGUUGUUUCAGAUGUAUAUAGGGCAGUUGAAAAAAAAAGUCUCAAUAUUUAUACUGUAUGGAUGUUGAUGAGUAAAUAUCUAAUCAAGCAUUGCCAGACUAUCAGUAGCCCGUCAGUAUUAUACGGAGUAUGGAAGCAUCACAGCGUAUUAGCUACAUUUGUGCAGUGAUGAGUGUCACGCCAUAUGGAUUGAUUGCAUAUUUAACAAGACCCUGUAGCGAUCUGCACUUUGUCCUCAUUGAUGUGUGUUUCUUGAGGCAAAAAUCAAGCGUGUGUUCCUGACCGUUGUCACAAUGACUACAAUUUACUGUAUUAUGAGUGUGCCUGUUAUAGAACUGAUGGACUGUUCUGGUAUUUUGUCACCUCACAAAAGCAUGUUUUAUUCUGUGCCGCUGGCCAAACCGUUUGUUUAAAUUCUCAUGUAACUCAAGCUCAUCAUCAAUGUUAUUUUUGUUUUGUUGGGAGACAGCUGACCUAAGGCGCUCUCCUGUGACAGGACUAUAGGAACAUGACUGUGUAAAAAUCAACUUCAACACACAAUAAAUGUAUGAAUGUAUGAUAUUUGAAUGUGAUCCAGUGUACGCAGAAUAUGGUUAAAGGUCAUUUUGAGUUACCACAGAACAUAAGAAGGAUUGUAAAUAUGUAUAAUAAGAAAUCGACUAUAUGAUGAGAGCAUCAGAUGGAGCUUUCAGUCACAUGCAGCGUUUUAUCAACCUGAAGGAUUUUGCCACAGUGUGGAAUGUUACCGAGCACAGAAAAUUUGAUGCACAUGAACAUUACGCUGCCAUUUGUGAGCUCAUAAUGCCUUACGUUUGAUACAAACGUGUGCCUCAUUUUCAUUCAUGAAUAUUUCUGAAAUCCAUGACAUAUUACACUUGCCCUGCUUUACCCAUGUAGUUCUAGUCUCUGUGGUCGGAGUACAUUCACAGAGAUCGUGUCGAUUACUGUGCAAGUAUCAAUCGUGUGACAAAAUGAUUUCAAUGAUUAUGUUGUGACACACAUGAUUAUUUGUUUGUGACACACAACCUGCAACAAGUUUGGUCUGUUUGCUUCAAUUUGCAGUGCUGUUACAUUGACAAUAUUAAAAUAAAGAUGCUAUACACUGCUA